AUUUCUCUCUCUCUCUCUCUAGUAAUUAAGAACAAGAAGGGAAAGAGGGCUACUGUAUUCAUUUAUGCAAAGUAAAGGACUAAAAAGAGAGGAAGCAUUUAAUUCCUUACCAACACUCAAGAAUAACAUGCAUGAGGGGAGCAGGCUUUAGAAGAGACAAGUUUGCUUUUCAUUCCUUUUGUUUCCUUUUAAUUAUCCUUUCUCUCUCUCUUCCUCUCUCUAUUCUUAGGAUUUUGUUUAUCUUGGAGUAGCAGUGGUGGAACCAAGAAAGAAAAAGCUUUAUUGUGGGAUGGGCACAUAAGAGGAAAACAAGGAAAUGACUCAAUGCAAUGAGCGUGGUGACAACCAAACAAUUCUUGACGCAAAAAGCAAAGACAAUCCGAUUAGAACUUGUCCUUCAUGCGGUCAUCAGAUCAAAUGCGAAGAUAAGCAGGCUGGAAUUCAUGAUUUACCGGGGCUACCUGCGGGAGUGAAGUUUGAUCCAACUGAUCAAGAAAUUCUUGAGCAUUUAGAGGGAAAGGUGCAGUCUGAUGCUUGUAAGCUUCACCCUCUCAUCGAUGAGUUCAUCCCCACACUUGAAGGAGAGAAUGGAAUUUGUUACACCCACCCAGAGAAGCUGCCAGGAGUAAGCAAAGAUGGUCUAGUCCGUCACUUCUUUCACCGACCUUCCAAAGCAUACACGACAGGAACUCGGAAAAGAAGAAAGGUGCACACAGACAUAGAAGGUGGCGAGACCCGGUGGCACAAAACAGGAAAGACAAGGCCAAUUUUUGUCGGUGGGAAGGUGAAAGGGUAUAAGAAGAUACUUGUGCUCUACACCAACUAUGGGAAACAAAGAAAGCCUGAAAAAACAAAUUGGGUGAUGCAUCAAUACCACCUUGGUAAUAAUGAAGAAGAGAAAGAUGGGGAGUUGGUGGUGUCAAAAGUAUUCUACCAAACCCAACCAAGACAAUGCGGUUCGUUCAUUAAGGAGUCCCUUUCUUCAAAAUCAAAUGGACAAAAUGGACAUGAGGAUGGUAACCUUCGAACCAAUGCGUUUUUUGAGUACUAUAAUUCUUCUUUGAUAGCCUUCGAACAGGGCAACCAAAAUAGAGCAAGCACUCCUCAACUACUCUCUCAUUUCGCAGUCCACAAUGGGUCUUUCAUUUCUUGAAAGAAAGAAAGAAACAAGCUGGAUGACAAUAAAGAAGAAUAGGCUACAUAUAUAUACUAUGGAGGCGCCAAAUGAUGUUUCAUAUUAUUAUGCACUGAUAAAUUAAUAUAUCGAUAUCUUUAGGAGGGACUAAUAGUAAUAGGUGAGGAAUAAGGUGGAGGAUGAUUUCUGUAACCAAAGACUAGGACCCUGAUUCUUCUUGGAGCAAAUUGAAGAUUUGGCUAUAGCAUAUCCUCUCUCUCUCUCUCUCUCUCUCUCUCAGGGUAAUUCUUGUGUAUGCUUUGUACAGUGUCGGGAAAUGUAUAUAUUCAAAGGGCCAUGAUCCUUGUGAUGGUAGUGCUGACUUUAUAACUGUACAAAGACGAGUCUUACCUUUGGUCAAAUGGUUAUUAUCUUGGGACUUUGCUAUUUGAUCCA